AUGGUUGCAGCAGUUGGAAUCGACUUGGGUACCACAUACUCGUGUGUCGGUGUCUUCCGUGACGACCGCAUCGAGAUUAUCGCCAACGACCAGGGUAACCGCACCACUCCCUCUUUCGUUGCCUUCACAGAUACCGAGCGUCUGAUCGGUGAUGCCGCCAAGAACCAGGUCGCCAUGAACCCGGCCAACACGGUCUUUGACGCCAAGCGUCUGAUCGGCCGCAAGUUCAGCGACCAGGAGGUUCAGGCUGAUAUGAAGCACUUCCCCUUCAAGGUCAUCGACAAGGGUGGCAAGCCCAACGUCGAGGUUGAGUACAAGGGCGAGUCCAAGACCUUCACCCCCGAGGAGAUCUCCUCCAUGAUCCUCAUCAAGAUGCGUGAGACCGCCGAGGCGUACCUUGGUGGCACCGUGACCAACGCUGUCAUCACUGUUCCUGCCUACUUCAACGACUCGCAACGUCAGGCUACCAAGGAUGCUGGUCUCAUCUCUGGCCUCAACGUUCUCCGUAUCAUCAACGAGCCCACCGCUGCCGCUAUCGCCUACGGUCUUGACAAGAAGGCCGAGGGUGAGCGCAACGUCUUGAUCUUCGAUCUGGGUGGUGGUACUUUCGAUGUCUCUCUCCUGACCAUUGAGGAGGGUAUCUUCGAGGUCAAGUCCACCGCUGGUGACACUCACUUGGGUGGUGAGGACUUUGACAACCGUCUGGUCAACCACUUCGUCAACGAGUUCAAGCGCAAGAACAAGAAGGAUCUUUCCACCAACGCCCGCGCUCUGCGCCGUCUCCGCACUGCUUGCGAGCGUGCCAAGCGUACUCUCUCUUCGUCUGCCCAGACUUCCAUUGAGAUCGACUCUCUCUUUGAGGGUAUCGACUUCUACACCUCCAUCACCCGUGCUCGUUUCGAGGAGCUCUGCCAGGACCUGUUCCGUUCUACUCUCCAGCCCGUUGACCGUGUCUUGGCCGAUGCCAAGAUCGACAAGUCCCAGGUCCACGAGAUCGUCCUGGUCGGAGGUUCCACCCGUAUCCCCCGUGUCCAGAAGCUCAUUACCGACUACUUCAACGGCAAGGAGCCCAACAAGUCCAUCAACCCCGAUGAGGCUGUUGCCUACGGUGCUGCCGUCCAGGCUGCCAUUCUCAGCGGUGACACUUCCAACAAGUCUACCAACGAGAUUCUGCUGCUCGACGUUGCCCCUCUCUCCCUGGGUAUCGAGACCGCUGGUGGUAUGAUGACCAAGCUCAUCCCUCGCAACACCACUAUCCCCACCAAGAAGUCGGAGGUCUUCUCCACCUUCUCUGACAACCAGCCUGGUGUCCUUAUCCAGGUCUACGAGGGUGAGCGUCAGCGCACCAAGGACAACAACCUGCUCGGCAAGUUCGAGCUUACUGGUAUUCCCCCUGCCCCCCGUGGUGUUCCCCAGAUCGAGGUUACCUUCGACCUGGACGCCAACGGUAUUAUGAACGUCUCUGCCGUUGAGAAGGGUACCGGCAAGUCCAACAAGAUUGUCAUCACCAACGACAAGGGCCGUCUGUCCAAGGAGGAGAUUGAGCGCAUGCUCAGCGAGGCUGAGAAGUACAAGGAGGAGGAUGAGGCUGAGGGCCGCCGUGUCGCAGCCAAGAACGGCCUCGAGUCGUACGCUUACUCUCUCCGUAACACUCUGGCCGACCCCAAGGUCGAGGAGCAGCUUGAUGCCUCCGACAAAGAGACCCUCAAGACUGAGAUUGACAAGUGCGUCGCCUGGUUGGAUGACAGCCAGCAAGCUACUCGUGAGGAGUACGAGGAGCGCCAGAAGGAGCUCGAGGGUAUUGCCAACCCCAUCAUGAUGAAGUUCUACGGUGCUGGUGGUGCUCCUGGCGGCAUGCCCGGUGCUGGCGGUGCCCCCGGUGGCUUCCCUGGCGCUGGUGGUGCCCCUGGCGCCGGUGGCGACGACGGCCCCACCGUCGAGGAGGUCGACUAA